UAUUUAUGAGCCGUCAACAAAGAUAAUUUUUUAAUCUUAUUUAUUUCACAGAAGAGAAUACUAGAUAUAUAAUAGACAAAAUGAGUAAUAUUAGUGAUUUUUGAGAUCUGUUCAAAUCAUUUAAAAAGUUUGUCUGAAAUGGAUGCUUUUAGGUUGAGCAUAUACGUUUGGAUGAAUUUGAAGUUGCUACAAGACAAUUCGCAACUAUUGAUAUCUGAUGUAACUAUUGAUGUUCCAAAGAUUUUAAAUGAUCCCUCUAUAGCGGGUUCAUUAAUCUUGAGGGAUGUAUUAAUAACUGGCUUAGAGACUAUAGACAAUCCUAUUCAAUAUAGCAACAAAUAUAUCAGCGUUGUAGCAACCGAGGUACAGAACAAUUUUAAUGUUUGUGUCACGAUUCCCAUUCAGUACAUGAAUGUAACUACAAAGUAUAUUGCUGAUAUCGCAAUUAGAAAUGAAAUCCCAAUAUAUGGUGAAGGGAACUUUACAAUAUCUCUCAGCAAUAUCACUAUCAAUACAUGCAUGCUUCUGAACUAUAACUCCCAUGUCGACCACUUGGAUUUUCAGAUGGUGUAUAACCACGGACCUGUUCAUAUAUCCGGGGUUCUCAAACAUCGUACUGCUGACAAACUGGCUGACAAGGUUUUGGAAAUUGCUAAUAUACUUUUCGCCAUGUGGAACAAAAUUGAACCUAAAGAGACUUCCUGUUUGAUGAGUCCUUUAAUGGAGUACUUCGUCAAUUGGUAUUUCAUACAAUAUGAAAACAGGAGUCUGGAAUUCAAUUGGGCUUGUUUAGAAAACUCGUCAUUUAUGAAUAUAUUGGGUUUGUUUAUGGAAUUGAAAGAAGAUGUUUUGAAUAUCUUGCUGUCGCUUGUAUGAUCAGCGAGGAUUUCAUAUUGGGUUGGAAUGGUAAUAUGGAUGAUUACUCGACAUGUCUCAUUAAAAAUUGAGAACAAAGUAAUGUACUUGUAAAUAUGCUUGAUUAUGAAAUUUAUGUAUGUUUAUG